CUUUGGCUUCGUCUGGUGGUGACAAUAGCCCUAAAGGAGAGAAUGUGAAUAUAUGGCUGUUAAAUUAUAUAAAAAGUCAUGGGGGGCCUUAUGAGAUUCCCCAAGAAUGUAGACAGUCAUGGGAUUUAAUGAAAUGUUUUUUAUCUGAUAGUGUCUUUGAUAAGAAAACAAAAGAAAAGAAACGUAAGGGUAUCAUUAUUCAGGGACUACUGUCUUGUUGUACAGAAUUAAUAGAGGAGAUUAAAGGGAAAAAGCAGAAAAUCCUAGAACAUACUCAGAGCUAUGAGGUUAUGGAAAAAGGGUUGAAUGAGAGGAUGUCAGAUCUCAGGUUACAUGCCAUCACUACUGGGGAGGCACUGAUUGAGAAGGCAAAAUUUUGUGAUGAUUUAAGUCGGGUAAAUGAGGAAUUGUCAGUGAAAAUACAAAUUGUUGAGAAACAGUUGGAGGAGUGUAAACAUGCUGCGAACAUUGCUUUUGAUAAAUUGGCAGAAAAAUCAAGUUACACGCAUCAAAAUGAUACUUCUAAAAUACAGCUUGAUACCAAAGAUUAUAAGCCAAUAUAUCCCUGGGGUGAGUUACAUGCAGCCCCUUGCAUACCAGCAGCUCCUACCACUACAACAACUGUAUUGAACACUGACGAUACAAGUGAAAUUAAGUUGGUCACAAAACAAUUAAAGCCACAGGAGAUGGAAGCUAUUAUAAGAGAGGUAGGUCAGGUACCCCGCUAUGAUGUAAAUAGGUUCAUGAAAUGGUUUUGUGAUUUGCAGAGAGUCAGAGACACAUACAACUUGAAUGUGGAGGACCUAGCUAGAAUUUUGCAGAAAAGUGUAGGCAAUGGAUUGUGGGCACGGAUCUUGCAAAAUUGUGGCCAGCGUCAUAAAACUAAGGAUGUUUUAAGGGAAUUAUUGAAAGCAUUGUAUGGUGUGACAACAAAUGUGUCCUUGUCAGGAAAAAUUAAGCAAAUGAAGAAUGAAUGCCCGUAUGAACUUGCAGAUAGAAUUAGCAGUGUGAUGGAAUAUGUGAUGACUGGGAAUCCUGGUUUUGAACGUGGUGGUCUGGUUCAUAGGUCAAUGUUAUUGGAAGCAGUGGAUGAUGAUGUCAGGGAAGGCAUUUUAUCUGUUACACCUGAUCCUAGUGAUUAUAAUGAUAUUUUGUUAAGAGCGGAUAAUUUGUGGAGGAGAAGGUGUCGAGAAUACAGUCUUGCGGUUGAUGCAGCUAGAGUUUUUAGAGUCGAGGGACAGCAAAAUAGAGAGGACUAUGGGUCAUGGAGAGGAAGAUCUUAUAACAAUACAGGUAGUUAUAGGAGGCCAGAACCCAGAGAGAAGCCUAGUAAACAGCCUUGGGUGCCGUUUAGUGAAAUGAGAAGUGAGAGAGAUCGUUUGCAGGAGGAGCUAUACAAGAUAAAGGAAGAAAUGGAAAGAAUAAAAGCAGGAGGGGUCAAGGUAGCAGCAAUAGGAAUGGAAAGUGCUGUGUCUCCUUCUACCAGUCAUUGUUAGGGGUUCCGAGCCCCCCCCGCCCCUUCCUGCCGAUUUUUAACUGAUUUAAAGUUAGAUUCCUGGGGGCGGCCCACUGUUGAUGUAACAUUAGGGGGAACUCGGGUAACCGCGUUGCUGGAUAGUGGAGCAGCGAUUAGUUUUGGUAAAUCUGUUGUCCCUGGAAAUGAGAAAAUUAGAAUAACAGGUGUCACUGGACAUUCCAUCGAAGCUCCUUUUGUGCGUGGUGUGGAAAUGCAAAUAGGGGGAGAGAAGUGGAAGUGUGACGUUGUUUGUCAGAAUCAGGACAUAAUUGGUGCUGAUGUCUGUGUACAGCAGGGUCUGGUGGUUGAUCUUGCAAACAUGAAGUUGUGGAUGAUGCCUGGAAAUGAUGGAUUG